AUGGUGCUCGUAAAUGUCGGGAAGGGGUCGGCCGCGCAGCCCAAGGCCAAGGGCAAGAGCAAGAACAAGACCGCAGUGGCGCCCGCGCUCGCCAAGGCUGCGGCCGCCAAGAAGCCCGCCGCCCGGGCGGCGCCCGCGGCCUCUUGGAACUCCCUAUCCAGCCUGCCGCGCACGAUCCGCGCGCGCAUGAUGGCGCGGUCUGCCGCCAACGUCGCCGCCACCGCCUCCGCCGCGCUCGCGUCCGUGCAGGGCGCCGCGCGCGCGCGGCUCGCGGGGGGCGCGGCGGCGGCGGUCGCAGGCGCGGGGGGCGAGGCGCCGACGCUCUACAUGGACAGUGCCGGCAACGCGCACCUGGGGGUGCGUCCGGGGGACGACAAGGAGUUGUUUGACGCCGUGAGGCAGCUGCAGGCUGAGGAGCAGCGCGCCGCCGCGCGCUCGGCCGAGCGCCGCGUCCCCGCAAUGGCCGAGCAGCGCCAGGCCGCGGCGGCCGCCGGCAAGCGCGCGCCGCGCGUUGAGCGGCCGCCACUGGACCGCUCCGCCAAGCGGCGCCAGAAUCACCGGGUCUUCCAGCCGCGCCACAACAAUGCCUGA